CACCAGUUUGGCAACAUGUACAUGGAUCAUCAGUACUAUGUGUCCGGCCCGCCGGCUGCAGUGCCUCCGGGCCAGCCCUUUGGCUACCAUCAGAACGGCCUGGCAUCUGGCGGCGACAGCAAACACGUGCCGCAGCUAAAGAUCGUGGAGCAACCGGUGGAGAAGUUCCGGUUUCGGUACAAGAGCGAGAUGCACGGCACACACGGAUCCCUCAAUGGGGCCAAUUCGAAGAGGACGCCGAAAAUUCCAGAGGUCACACUGUGCAACUACGAUGGACCCGCCGUCAUCCGGUGCAGUCUGUUCCAAACCAACCUGGACAGCCCCCAUUCCCAUCAGCUGGUCGUGCGCAAGGAUGAGCGCGAUGUGUGCGAUCCGCACGAUCUGCACGUAUCCAAGGAUCGCGGCUAUGUGGCCCAGUUCAUCAACAUGGGCAUCAUACACACCGCCAAGAAGUACAUUGAGGAGCUCUGCAAGAAGAAGCAGGAUCGCCUGGUCUUCCAGAUGAACCGCCGCGAGCUGUCCACCAAGCAGCUGCAGGAGCUGCACCAGGAGACGGAGCGGGAAGCCAAGGACAUGAACCUGAACCAGGUGCGCCUCUGCUUCGAGGCCUUCAAGAUCGAGGACAAUGGCGCUUGGGUUCAACUUGCUCCGCCGGUGUACAGUAAUGCGAUCAAUAACCGAAAGUCGGCCCAAACCGGAGAUCUGCGAAUCGUCCGGCUGAGCAAGCCCACGGGCGGAGUGAUGGGUAACGACGAGCUCAUCCUGCUAGUGGAGAAGGUCAGCAAGAAGAACAUAAAGGUGCGGUUUUUCGAGGAGGAUGAGGAUGGAGAAACCGUGUGGGAGGCGUAUGCCAAGUUCCGGGAAUCGGAUGUUCACCACCAAUAUGCCAUUGUGUGCCAGACGCCUGCGUACAAAGAUAAGGACGUCGACCGCGAGGUGAACGUGUCCAUAGAGUUGAUUCGUCCCUCCGACGACGAGCGAUCCUUCCCGCCGCUGCCCUUUCGCUACAAGCCGCGGGACGCUAUCGUGUCCAGGAAACGCCGUCGCACCUGCUCCUCGGCCAACAGCAGCAGUUCGGGCAAUGUUAGCUCCAACAAUUCCCUGGAUCUGCCCAAAACCCUGGCCAUGGCUCAGCCUCUGAACGGCUUGCCCAACUUUUCGCAACAUGAUCAGACAAUAAGUCAGGAGUUUGGUCGCGAAAUGCAUCUCGAUGAUUUAAUAAAUUCCGAAAACUUCCGCAAACUUAUUGAAAACAACUCCAACGAUCUGGAGAUCUGUCAGCUGGACAUGGGCGAGUUGCAAAACGAUGGCCAUGGGCGAUCAGAAGUGGCAUCGAGCCGAAAUCUCACUACAAAGUACUUGAGUGAUAUAUUCAAGAUCUUCGAUCAGGAACGCCGAACGCCGUCGGAGUCCUCGCGCCGACAGGUGGAGGAGUUGUUCACAGAUCACGCCCUGAAGAACGAGAACAAUGAUACGUUGCUGCACGAAGUGAUCAGCUACAAAAAGGACAACCUGAAGUUGGCCUUUAAGACGAUACAGGUGUUGAAUUUCUUCAAGCUCAGAGAGCUGGCCAACAGCGCAUUGAAUGCGGACGGCGACAGUGCGCUGCAUGUGGCCUGCCAGCAGGAUCGGCCCCACUACAUUCGCCCUCUGUUGGGGCUGGGCUGCAGUCCGAAUCAACAGAAUCAUGCCGGAAACACCGCAUUGCAUUUGGCCGUCAAGGAGGAGAACCUAAACUGCGUGGAGAGUUUCCUGAAAGGAACGCCCCCAAUUAGUUCUCUCAUUGAGGAAUUGGAUCUUUCGCUGAAGAACGACGAUGGGCUAACACCCUUGCACAUGGCAAAGCAGAACAAGUACGAUGUGGCCAAGAAACUGAUCAGCCACGAUAGGAGUUCGAUUAGCGUGGCCAACACAAUGGAUGGAAAUAAUGCUCACAUGGCCGUUCUGGAGCAAAGUGUGGAGUUGCUGGUGCUGAUCUUGGAUGCCCAGAAUCAAAACCUCACCGACAUCCUGCAGGCGCGAAAUGCCGCUGGUUACACUCCCUUGGAAUUGGCCAGACACAAGGCCAAUGAGCGGGUGGUUCAGCUGCUGGAGAAGGUGUAUCCGGAGAAGGCUGAACUGGCCAUGACCUGGAUUCCACGCAAAGUCAAAGAGGAGAUAGAUUCAUCCUCGGACGAAAGCAGUGAUGCCGGGCAGCUGGAGAUCAAGUCCGAGGAGAUGGACAUCAAAACAGAAGUGAGGACUCCCGAGUUGGAUUUGAGCAGUGGUCGACGGAGACGAGAGGAAGAAACCAAGGGAGACAUCGAAAUGGAGGUUGACCCGCGGAACAAACUGCAGGUGCUGCUCAAUAACAAAUCCAUCUGUGACCAGCUCUGUUCACUCCUGAACAAACCCUACGGAAAUGGGCCCGAUGCCCCAAAGUGGAAGCAGCUGGCCCGCCAAUCCCAUCUAGAACAGUUCGCCUUUAUGUGGCUGGAUGCCGGCGGCUUGUUGCAAUACAUCAAGGACAACGGCGACAGUGUGGAGCUUACAACAUUCACUCGCGCCCUGCAGACAAUCGAUCCCCAGGCGUACGCCCUGCUGGAACGAGAUUUACGUUAGGUUACUCCUCCCCAUGUACAACCCAUCCCCUCUCAGUAAAGAUUAUGCUUGAUUUUGUAUUGAAUAUGUUGAUCAAUAAAGUACCUUAGUUUUAUAACUACUUAUCAUAAAAA